AGAGAUAUUUCAUAUAACAAAAUAUGAUAUACAAUUAAGCUGAUUAGCUUAAUUGCAAUUCUUUAAUAUUUGUUACUACUCCAAGAAAGGUGCGAGUAGCUACAACAAGACUUUCCAGUUGCCACGUGGUGGUCAAAGUUGUAGGCAAACUUUGGUUAGGCACAUUACAAAUAGUACAGUUAAGAUUGUUAAAUUGAAAUGGACAAGACCACAGGAGCAUGAUGCCGUUUCAAUAUCUGUUGCUCUGAGUCAAUUAAUUGUGUUUGGCAUGUUGUAUCUUGUAUCUUAUUCUAUUAAAGUGCUCACCAUAAAAGGUGAGGUCAGGGGGGGAAAUUACGUCUUUAGAGUGCCAUCUUCAGAUGUGACAAACAUGCAUGCUUCUGGUUUCAAAAAUAUCCAUGUGGUUUCAUAUCCAUUUCUUGUGUACCAAAGUUUAGUGAGGAUUGUUAGCCAGACAGAUGUGAAAACAUCUGUGUAAUGAAAAAAUAAAUUAAAAGAAGCUUAAAGGUAAACUAGAUAAAACAAAGGUCUGUUUUAAGGCUGUAUCCACUUAGAAUGGAGGCAGGAUUUAUGAAACUCAAGAGGAUCUUUUGGACCUCUCUUAUUAAGGUGAGUUUAGUUGAAGUCAGUUUUAUUUAUAUAGUGCCAAAUCACAACAGCAGUUGCCUCAGGGCGCUUCACAUCCUCCUCAAAUCUGGAGAGACCAUCACAAAGACUGUAAAAUAAAUUUUUAUCAGUUCUUUUAUGUAGCAGAUUGAGUAUCAUAUUUACUAAUUUUUGAUCCCGCUAUUAGUCAAGCACAUUAGAUGACGCUGCUAUAAAUAAUAGCCGCCAUCUGAGCGUCCAUGAAUCGCUCACCUGCUGUCAGCCGCAUCCGGCUUUUCGGUCACCUGACUUCCCCCGGUGUUACAGCGAUCACCCGCGGAUUAUCUUCCUGAAUCCUCCAUCGCGGCUGGAUCAGACCACAGCUGGUUUUCCUGCUGAGAUUCAGACACCAUGGAGCUGCGUCUCUCUGCCUGCAUUCUGCUGAUACUUUGUGCAACAUCGUGUGCAAAUGGAGGAAAUAUUUUGGUGUGGUACACCGAAGGCAGCCACUGGAUAAACAUGAAGCUUGUUCUGGAGACGCUGAUUGACAGGGGACACCAGGUGACUGUACUGGUCCCGAGCUCGUCAAUGUACAUGAACACCAAUGAACCUGCCCGCUUUCACUAUGAGCCCUUCAAUGCCUCUUUCUCAUUGGAGGCUUUACUGAAGUAUCUAGAAGAGUUCCUCCAAUUCAGUCUGUAUGAGAGUCAUUAUAUGAGCUACUGGGAGAUCUACAUCAGAUUAAUUGACAUGAUGAAAGCUAACCUGCGGUUUUCUAUCCAGUAUUUGGACGGUGUGGUGAAAUCGGAAGCCAUCAUGACGAAGUUGAAAGAAGGAAAUUAUGACCUUCUCUUGGCUGACCCCAUCUACCCUGGCAGUGACUUGGUAGCAGAUAUUUUGGGGAUCCCACUCGUCUUCUCUUUGCGCUUCUCCUUAGCUAAUAACUGGGAGAGGCAUUGUGGUCAGAUGCCUGCUCCACCAUCCUUUGUGCCUGGUGCAAUGAGCAAACUCACAGAUAAGAUGGACUUCUCAGAGAGAGUGUGGAACUUUCUCUUCUACGCUCUUCAAGACAUCACGAUUGAUCACACUUUUUGGAACGUAUUAGACAGAUAUUACUCUGAUGUCAAAGGAACUCCCACCAGUGCCUGUGAGUUGAUGAGUAAAGCAGACAUCUGGUUAAUCCGAACCUACUGGGAUUUUGAAUUCCCUCGUCCUUUCCUCCCCAACUUCAAAUAUGUUGGUGGGAUCCACUGCAGACCUGCUAAACCUUUACCAGAGGUCACCCUAAAGCUAGAGCUUUCAUCACCCAUGGAGGCACAAACGGGAUUUAUGAAGCCAUCUACCACGGCGUUCCCAUGGUGGGCAUCCCCAUGUUUGGUGACCAGCCAGACAACAUGGUCCAUAUGAAGGCUAAAGGUGCUGCAGUUAUUUUCAACUUGAAUUUCAUGACGUCUGAAGAUCUUAGAGACGCAAUCAACACAGUCAUCAAUGACAAAUCGUACAAAGAAAAUAUUAUGCGGCUGUCCAGCAUCCACCACGACAGACCCAUGAGUGCUCUGGAAGAGGCAGUAUUCUGGAUCGAGUUCACACUGAGAAACAAAGGGGCCAAGCACCUGAGGGUCCAGGCCCAUGAACUCACCUGGUACCAGUAUCUCAGCCUGGAUGUCCUGGGCUUCUUCUUCACCAUAGUUCUACUCAUCAUAUUCAUCUUCAUCAAGACCUGCAGUUUCUGCUGGCACAGGUGUUGUGUCAGGAGAGGAAAGACAAAAAGGAAGGCUGAAUAACAACUAAACUGAAACGGUGCUGUGAAUGUUGGACUGGGGUAAUAUUUGUUACCAGCAUGAAACUUUCUUUCAUAUAUGUUGAAUUUCCCUUCAUCUUCUCCUUUAUGCACCACCA